UCCAGACGUCGCUUUGUGUACGAUUCGUCCCACCGUCAAAUCGAAGGAAUCAGUUUAUGGUGAGCCGUGAGGACACUCGCUGCAGGAGGCGAAAUGCGUCCGAAACGGGAGAAAUCUUUGACCGGGGCGAAGGCCUCCGAGAAAGUGGCCAAGAUCCCCGACCAGUACACGGAGCACCAACUAUUCCUCCAAGCCUUCGAAAAACCAACACAGAUCUACAGAUUUCUACGAACCAGGCAUGCACAUCUGCCGCUAUUCCUCCAGCGAACUCUGACGUACAUGCCCAAAUCGUCUCACAUUGGACCGUCAUCGCGGGAGCACCGGGAGACCUUCAAAGUCGACUACCUUCUCGACAAAGUCGUCAAGAGGAGGAGGCCGACGCACGGCUCUCUGAAGCUACAAGUUGCUGGGGUCCAAGACUACACGUCAAUUCAAGACAGGAUCGAGCUGAAUAUGGCGGUUGUGAGAUCUAACAACUCUAAAAACGGACACGUAGCAAAGGUCUUCACGCAUUCCUGCUACAUACAACGCAACCAAGAUGGAUUCCUCGGGGAGGUCGUCAUACCUGAGGAAGCUUUCUAUUCCUUCCAAGACCCUUCGAAACAAUGCACUUUCUCGCUUCUCUUCGUCGUCGCGCUCACCCAACCGCAUCCUUCCAAAAUGUCCGGGAAAAAUUCAGUCGAUUCCGAAGAUCUGUCUGACUCCGAAGCGACGGACACCGAAUCUUCGUUGGAAAGUAGCCCGAAAAGGAAAUGCGUUUCGUACACGCUGGCGGGCGAGCUCACCAUCUACGAUGAAGCCGGAGACUGUCAAUUGGCCGAGGGCGACUACAAGAUCUUCUUUAGGGAUAAUUUGCCACAAGACAUUACCUCGACUGAUUGGGUGCCGUUCUCGAAAGCCAAAUGCACGAAAGCAGCUACAGAAAAAAUUCCCACCCUCAACAUUAACAUCGUUUGGCUCGGUGAGAACAUGCGGGAGACUCGCUUCAUCAAAAAAGAACCCUCGGUUCCGGCACCUAUGCAAGAGAGGCGACAGACGAGAGUUUACUACCAAUUCAUUUUCCAAAAUAACAGCCGACAAAUAACUGAAGCUCGCGGCGAUCUCCGCUGUCCGUGGUGUUUCGUGGACUGCCGUCGACUGUACUCACUUCUGAAACAUCUGAAAUUAUGCCACUCACGAUUCAAUUUCAAUUACACUCCAUACACGGGCGGGGCACGGAUUGACGUUUCGGUCAACGAUUCCUUCGACGGAAGUUACGUGGGCAAUCCCCAACGGCUCAUCCGCCGACCGGUGAACGGUGUCCAGUUACCCUUGAGACGUACUCCGGUCACCUACUUCAUGGUCUGUCGGCCCCAGAGACCACUGCCAACCCUGUCCGAGUUCCUCCAAGAUUAUCCAGAAGAGCUGGGAAUUCUUCUGCAUAACGGGCUGAAGAUGGGCGCGACGGUCGGACACAACCGGGCGUAUUAUCACUCACAUACUUGUAUUCCUAUCAAACCUGAAGAGUUCGAUUACGACAGCGAACGCGAGAACGAUCCCCCGUGGCUCAGGGAGACGACUCAAAAAAUGAUCGACGAUUUCACCGAUGUGAACGAAGGGGAGAAAGUCCUCAUGAAGCUAUGGAACCUCCACGUUAUGCGACUGGGGACCGUGGCCGACUGCCAUAUCCCGCAUGCUGUGAGCACGUUCGUGGAAAAGCACGGCACCGCGAUCAUGGCGCAACAUCUGUACGGCAACUUUUUGUUGCAUCUAGCCAAUCUGCUCGAAUUCGGCCUGAUCUCUUCUUCUGAACUUUACACGAACGCGCGCAGACUUCAGUUUUUGGCCCCGAAGAAAUUCUUCUCCAAGUAUAUGCAACCGAGCCUUCCUAACACUGCCUCCACAAGCAAAUAGAUUAAGCUGUCACGAAUGGAGCGGGAAUCAUGCGAAAGGAACAGGACUCUCCCCUGACGAGAACCAUUUCCUCGCAUCCUGACCUUGAGAGUGGAUCGAGUUGAUGAAUUGCAAGAUGAAGUAGAUUGACUGAGAGGAUCAUCCGAGUGUUAGUUAGUUGACUAGUUAAUUGACAGAGUAAAAACGAUGGGACAGUGAAUUUCGAGUUUGAACAAACUCGGGUUGAGUUUAUCGUGUGCGAGUGUAAAUGACAGCACGAGCUGGAUUAUCGUGUCUGGGAUACAGAAUGUCCCUUGAGUAUUGAUUUUCUCUUCCGGAAUUAGUCACCGACGUUCGAAAUUCGGCGUGCGAAUCGAAGUUAUGGAUCCUCGUGAAUGACUAGGGUGAGGAAUAAUAAAUUUAUAUGGUACAUAUUAGAGAAAUAUAUACACCUGAAUUCGAGACUGAGAACCAAUUGAGUGCGUUCGAUCAAGUUUGUAUAUUAUACGCGCCAAUGUACACUCCACGAAGCGCUGCCACGUCUCGGAGAUAGAACCGUUUCCGAAUGCUACAGAGCAUCGCUCUUGAGGAAUCGUAAUUCAAUUUACCCAAUAAACCUGAUG